GCCAAUGCCUGCCAACUCACCGCAUUGUUGUACUGUGUAUCCGUACUGUGCAAUACCGUGAAGUACAGUAAGGUAUUCCGUGCCUUGGGGAUUACAGCGCAACAUCAUCGACAGAAACCCUCGCCUCGCCAACCAACACAACCUUACGCAGAUGCAAUUCGAGGCCGGGCACAUCACGCCAGACCUGCAGCGCAACACCUGGACCGGAAUGCAACCUUUAACAAUGCUCCAGUUCUAACACGAAGCACACGCGACUCGGAUCCAACCCCAACCAUGGCGCCUUCAGCUCUCGAUGACAUUAACAUGGCGGGUCGUCGCGACGCAUGGAAGACGCUCCCUUCCCCAAAACUCCAUCCCGUCAGGGAAGCAAAGUUUGAGAAGUACUUGACUCCUCAAAUAGAUGGCCACGAGCGCGCCCUUGCCCAGCCAGAGGGGCAGGCCGCCAUCGUCAUCGACAAUGGCUCUUCAACUGUCCGCGCAGGCUGGUCCUUCGAGUCGAAACCCCGACUCCAGAUCCCUCCCAUCAUGGCCAAGUACCGCGACCGCAAGCUCGGCAGGACUUUCUCCUUCGCUGGCCAAGACUGCUACGCCGACACCACGGCGCGCGGCCACAUCCGCAACGCCUUCGAGGUUGGCACUGGCAUCGUGAGCAACUGGGAUGUUACAGAACAUGUCUUGGAUCACGUCUUCAUAAAGCUCGGUAUGAACGGUGUCGACGGUGCUAUUGACAUGCCCAUCGUCAUGACCGAGGCCGUUGCCAACCUCGCCUACACGAGAAAAUCAAUGACGGAGAUCAUCUUCGAGUGCUACGGCGCCCCCGCCCUCGUCUAUGGGAUAGACUCGCUGUUCUCCUACCGCCACAACAAAGGCAAGACGGGCCUGGUUGUUUCCUCGUCGUACAGCGCCACACACAUGAUCCCCGUCUACAAUUCAAAGCCAAUGCUGGCCCAGGCCAUAAGACUGAAUUGGGGUGGGUGGCACGCAGCCGAGUACCUGUUAAAAUUGAUCAAGCUCAAGUACCUCGGCGGCUUCCCUGGCAAGUUGAAUGCGUCACAGGCCGAGGCCAUGGUUCGAGAUUUCUGCUAUGUCUCAAAGGACUACGACAAUGAGCUCGCGCACUACCUUGACUGGACAGGACUUGAGGAGAGGGAACGCAUCGUCCAGUACCCGUACACGGAAGAGGUCAUUGUUCAAAAGACAGAGGAGGAGUUGGCGCGGAUUACCGAGAGAAAGAAGGAGAGCGGCCGAAGACUACAAGAACAGGCCGCCAAGAUGCGCCUCGAGAGAUUGCUGAAGAAGGAACAGGAGCUCGAGUACUAUAAGGACGUGCAGCGCAAACUCGUAGACCAAAACAAGAAAGAGACGAAGCGCCUGUUAGACGACGCCGAGGUUAAGGACGAGGCUGCGCUAGACCGCAUGGUCAAGGAUCUCGAGCGGACCAUCAAGAAGGCGCGGACGAAGGACCUAGGAGGCGAGCAAGAGGAGGAGCAAGAAGCCCCCGACUUCAGCCUCCUCGAUGUGCCCGACGACCAGCUCGACGAAGCUGGUAUCAAGCAGAAGCGCCAGCAGCGCCUGAUGAAAUCAAACCACGAUGCACGGGCGCGGGCAAAGGCCGAGAAGGAGGCCGAAAAGGCCAGGAUAGCAGAAGAGGCCAGGCUUGACGAGGAGCGGAGAACCAACGAUCUCGAAGGCUGGCUGGAGGACAAGCGCCAGGCGCGUCUGGCCAAGCUCGCCCUGAUAAAGGAGCGCGACCGGCUCAAGGCAGACUUGGGCAACCGCAAGUCACUGGCCAGCCAGAUUCGCAUGAAGAACAUCGCGAAUCUGGCUUCUGACACGCCGACAGGCGGCGCAGGAGGCCGCAAGCGCCGCCGUGGAGGCGACGACGACGACUUUGGCGCCGACGACAACGACUGGGGCGUCUACCGCAGCGUGGCUAUGGGAGCCAACAAGGGUGAUAGCGACGACGAGGAGGAGGGCGAGGAGGAUCUCGAGGCGUCCGUCAAGGCGCUCGAGCAGGACCUGCUAGAGUACGACAAGGACUUUACGUACGAGAACACGCUCGAGGCGCAAAAGGACUGGACCAAGUCGCUGCUGCACGCGUUCCGGUACGGGCCGCGGCCGUUCGACGCGGGCUCGUCGGCCGAGGCGCACCGCCUGCACCUCAACGUCGAGCGCAUCCGCGUGCCCGAGGUCCUGUUCCAGCCCAGCGCCAUCGCCGGCAUCGACCAGGCCGGCAUCGUCGAGAUGGCCAGCGACAUCCUGACGCAGCGCCUGCCCGGCAUCACGGGAAUCGACCAGAACGACUUUCUGCGCGACGUCUUCCUGACGGGCGGCAACACCCUGUUCCAGAACUUCGACGAACGUCUGCGCACCGCCCUCACCCCGCUGCUGCCCGCCGGCGCCCCGCUCACCAUCCGCCGCGCUCAGGACGCCGUCCUCGACGCCUGGAAGGGCGCCGCCGGCUGGGCCACCACCCCGGACGCCAAGCGGGCCUUUGUUACCAAAGAAGAGUACCAAGAGAAAGGCGCCGAGUAUAUCAAGGAGCAUGACAUGGGCAAUGCAUUUAGUUGAAAUAUCGUUGGCUUGGCGGCAGCGGACAGCGGCGGUGCGAUGAUAUGCGCAUGUGUGUUUUCUUAUAUCUCUAAAGACGGGCGGGGAAAAAAGGGGGCCUUUUGUUUUUAUGAACCAAAUAAAAAUACACCUAGUUUCUAAU